AUGGCCGACGACGCCGGCACCCGCUCCUCUUCAGCUUCCAGCCGGUCGGCGCAGUCGCGAAGGGCGCUGAACCCCCAGCAGCAGCUCUCGCAGAUCGAAAAGAGCGUCACCCACCUGCUCGUCGCCACCAAGCAGCUUCUGGAAACCCUGACGCUAUGGUCGCGCGGGACAGCAACGGAAAGCGAGGUCUCAGAUGUCUACGUCCGCCUUGGCUAUGAGUUCAACAUUGCUUCUCGAGCCUUCAACGCCAUCGGCGUCGACACGUCGGACCUCGGCAACGUGCCCGAGCUGCUGCGAAGCAUCUUGGAGGAGACGCUCAGCCAAGAAGCUUCGCAGGCUAGCCUCGAUCGGUUUCUGCCCAGGAUACGCGACAUCAUCAUCAACCUGUUGCACGGCCUGAAGAAGAAGCAACAGCGGCUGCGACAAAGGAGCAACAGGGACUCGAAUGGAACAAACGGAACAAGCUCGAGACAUGAGAGUCUGGGUGAAGAAGAACUCCCACAACGGACGUCGAGCAGGCAAUCCGGCGGCCGCCACGGCAGUGGUGAUUUGGGCCAUAGCCAUCCGGGGUUGCCGCCGAGGACAAUAUCUGCCCCGGGCCGGUCGUCUCCCAGCAAGUAUGACAGUCUCCCAGCGAGUUCCAAAUCUCCUCGCAACACCCGCGAAUCUUCGAAUUCCUCCUUGUCCAGCAAUGCGGCGCAAAACAUACCCAUAAUAGCCCCGUACCCUGACGAGGAAAGGAUGCCUGCCCAUCCUGAGAAUCCAACACCAAAAUACAAUGUCGCCGACUUUCCUCCACCGCCACCGCCCCCCAAGCAGGAAGAUGCGCUCUUGACACUGCAGCGCUCUGGAGAGUUGGAGCGUAGGGCGUCGCGGAGGUUUUCCGCAUACCAAAUCCAGAAACAUCUGGGUUCGUCACCUAUGCCUAUGCUCCCGACUCAAACCACGCCUGUGCCCAACCGGGGAAGGGAUGCGCGAGACUCCAUGAACGCGGUUAGGAAUCGGGCAUCAAUGCUUCCUAGCCGUCAGCGCUCCGCCCAACGUGUACCACAAGACACUUCGCCCAGCAGAACCAAUAACUUGGCUGCACGUAGAAUAUCUGAGGAGCCCAGCCACGCGGAUGCUACCGCCCCAUCAAUUCCGCCCCCCGAAGAAGAGGCUCAGGAGGAAAGCCCUGUGAAAACACCAGCUGACAAGCUACGCCCCGAGGACGCCGGCGACGAAAAGCCGGAGUUGGGCGCGACGGUAACUGGUCCAGUUGAUGAGGCGGGACUUGGAGGACCGGUCGAGGAACCAGCCCAAGGCGGACUUGCCACGGCUCCCCGAGAUGCCAAGUCUCCAACCCCUCAGCCUGGGGAAUUCAUCCCUCACCAAUCUCCUCAACCUGGCAAGGAGUUGACCUUGUUCUUACAAUACAAGAGCAAGAUUAAGAAGUUCACGCUCGCUGAUGGAUACAACGACCUUUCUUUGGCCCGCCUGCAGCUCGCCUUCAUCGAAAAGUUUGCGUGGAACACCCAUAAUAAUGGCGUAGAUUUGCCAGACAUUUACAUCCAGGAUCCUGUCUCUGGCGUCAGGCACGAACUGGAGGAUUUAAGCGAUAUCAAGGACCGCGCAGUGUUGGUGCUCAACGUCGAAGUGCUUGACGAAGUCAAGCGGCAUUUUGACGAUGGUCUUGGUGAUUUGCGAAAGCUCGUUGAGGGCAUAAAGUCGGCCGUCACCGACCAGCAAUCCGCUAUCCAGCGCGUCUCCGACCGCCAGGUAGAUGCUGCAAAGGAGAUGGCCAGUCUGGCUGCUGCACCCCCAGUUUCCGCCCGUGCCUCGGUUGUGUCUCCUCCUGCGGUGAGCGCUGCAUCCACUGCACCAACGCCCAAGAAUUCUGCUGGGCAAAUGAGUGAGAUUCAAUCUUUGAGGCGCGACUUGGCUGUUGUUCGCCAGACCUACACCUCUUUCGUUGCGGACAUUGAAGCGAGUAUGGGUACAAUUCGCACAAAGGCUGCCUCGGUCAAAUCGACUGCUUUCAAGGCUGCAAUUCCAACUCUAUCCGGCGACAGUGGUCGCGCCUACGUCAAUGGCGGAAAGAAGACCCUCAACGACGACUCCGAGAAAAUUGUCAACAAGGUCGACGACUUACAAGAUCUUGUGGAAGAUCUGCGCAAAGACGUCGUCUCACGUGGUGUCCGACCCGUCCCAAGGCAGCUUGAAGCCGUGGCUAAGGACAUCAGCGUUGCCACUUCGGAAGUCAAGAGGCUGCAAGACUUCCUUAAGAAGGAGAAGCCUCUCUGGACUAAGAUUUGGGAGCAAGAGCUGCAGAUGGUCAUGGAGGACAGAGAGAUGCUUACCAUGCAAGAAGAGUUGGCACUUGAUCUGCAAGAUGAUCUGGAGAAGCUCUCGGAGACAUUUGGCUUGGUUGAACAAGCCACCAAGCAACAAAUGCAGUCGACGCCGACGAACCGCGCGGCAAACGCUAGGGCUAACUUGCGCUCCAUUGACGCCGAUACGUCUGCUGAUCCUCGCGAGGCGAAAGACGGGGUGCUUGGCGAGGUCAGGGCCCUGCAACCCAACCACGAAGGCCGCCUCGAAGCCAUUGAGCGCGCAGAGAAAGCCAGACAACGCGAACUCGAAAGCCGCCGUGGAGGCGAGUUCCAGAGAGAACUUGGCGCUUUCGUUGAAGAAGGCAAGCUCAAGAAGAGUGGUGGUGUUGAGGAGAUUGAGCGUCAACGCGUUAUUAAGGACGAGCGCAUUAGAAAAGAGGUGUUUGAGAGGCAAGCACAAAUGGCUAUCGAGCGCGAGAAAAAGCGGGCGGAUGCCGCGGCAGCUAGGAAAGCAGCGGCUGCAGCGGAGGCAGAGAAGGCCGCAGCCCCAGAAGGCGAAGCUGAGAAUGAGGAACCGAAGGAUGGAGCAGCACCAGAGACGGAGGCUAAAGAGGAGCAGCCUGCUGCCACCGAAGGUGGUGAGCCGAGUGCCGCUGAAUCUUGA